AUGUGGUAUUAUACAGUAACUAUCUUCCUGGUUGUGUUAACCCCUGGUGUCUUGGGUGACGCUCAAGUUCCGAAUUUCGACUGUGAUUUUGAAAGUGAUCAAUGUGGAUGGACCUUUGAUUUAUCGAAUAAACUAGUCUGGACCAGGAACUCUGGACCUACUCCGACUCCAAGGACUGGACCGUCCGGAGAUCAUACAUCAGGCUCAGGAUUUUACCUGUACAUCGAAGGUGCUGAUGCCAGUACUGGGGACAAGGCGACCAUCAUAUCGCCGACCAUCCCCGCCCUCCCCGCUGGGGGAGCAUGUGUCUCAUUCUGGUAUCAUAUGCUGGGGACAACCAUGGGUACAUUGACGGUGUAUAGCCCUCAAAACCAAGAGAAGUGGAAGAAAGCGGGCGACCAGGGGAAUCUGUGGAAGCAAGCAAACGUUUGGUUGCAGUCCGCUUCAAGCUCGUCACAGAUGUAUAUUACUGGCGAGCUCGGCGGAUCGCAUUACUCAGAUAUGGCCAUAGAUGAUCUGUCAAUUAAAACAGGAAUCGUGUGUCCAGAUGAUUUGCCAGAUGCCCACAGUUGUGAUUUUGAUCAAGAUUUUUGCUCCUGGUCUUCUACUCCUAACCCUAAGAUCAAAUGGAUAAGACAUUCUGGUCCAACCCAAUCCACAUCAACCGGUCCUUCAAAUGACCAUACAAAAGGAGAUAAGACAGGUGGGCUAAAAAAGAGGAGAGAACGUUAA